AUGGGAUCUAACGUGGAGCUGGUAUGGCCAGAGUCAGAGGCAUAUUCGUCACGGGUGAACAACUGCUCACAUGCAAAUUCAUCCCUAGCUGCAAUUCGAGUGAAGUUGAGUGUCGAACAAUUAGAACAAUUCAAAACAUCAUGCUUUGGCCAUCUUAUGAAUAUAGAUAAGAUUCAGUUUAGCGGGCAGAUUGUGCAUGGGGUUGUGUUGCGUAGAGUAGCAGGGCAGGGUGUGAAAGACUUGGAUGGACUGAGUUUCUUAAUAGGGUGCGACGUUGCUCAGUUCACUCAUCAGGAUUUCUGUUUGAUCACAGGGCUUUGUUUUGGGGAAGUGCCUGAAGUUUCCAGUGGAGAAAGUGAUGAAAUUAGACUUCAGAAAAGAUAUUUUAUAGACGAAGGAAUUACAUGUAAUGCUUUAGAAGAAGCAUUUCUGAGGUGCACAGAGGAAGAUGACAUCUACAAGCUAGCUCUUUUUUACUUUGAUGAGUUAGUGGUUUUGGGAAGGGACAAGCAUUUGAACAUCAAUCUAAAUUACCUGACCCUUGUAGAGGACUUGGAUGCGUUCAAUAGGUAUCCAUGGGGUUCGGUGUCCUUUGACAAAACCCAAGACAAGGGAAGAGGGAAGGGGAAAAGUAAGGUAACGGGAACAAGCCAGAGAAAUGAGAAGGGCAAGAAGGAUAAGCAUGGUGAAGUGCAAAGGGGUGGCUGGAGUUUUAAAGGUUUCACGUAUGCUUUCCAGAUUUGGGUAUAUGAAUUAAUUCCUAGAAUGGUGGACCUGAAUUACUGCAAGAUUGUUGAUCUGACAGCUCUCCCGCGUAUUUUGCGAUGGAGAACUACUACGUCUGUUCCCGAGAUGAGAAAGUUGAACAAUUAUUUUUUCCAGAGCAAAGAGGAAAUGAGACAACCAUAUUGGAGUUGGCCACAGGAUUGCCCUGCUGUCGUCUCGGCAGAGUCAAUUCCUUCUUCAUGUGCUGACCUUGAUGAGUUGAACAAGGUGGUAAGCUUGUUGAGGUCCGAGUUGUUUCAAGUAAAGCGGGAAAAGGAUGUCCUUGAGUUAAUGGGAAGUGAGGAAAUGGAUGACAUUCGAUGGGAUGAAGGGCCAAGUAACAGAUUUGAGGGAGAGGAAAAGGAAGAGGAGGGGAUUGAAGGGGGUGAAGGGCCAAGUAACAGAAAUGAGGGAGAGGAAAAGGAAGAGGAGGGGAUUGAAGGAGGUGAAGUGCAAAGAAAACCAAGUGAGGUAGAGGAAGCUCAAAGGAAAAGAAGUGAGGGAGAGCAAGUGAAAAUAAAAAGCAGCAAGGGAGAGGAAGCGCAAAGAAAGAGCAGUGAGGGAGAGGAAGUGAAAAGAAAAAGCAGUGAGGGAGAGGAAUUGCAAAGAAAAAACAAUGAGGGAGAGGAACCGCAAAGAAAAAGAAGGGAGGGCAAGGAAGUGAAAAGACAAAGAAGUGAGGAAAAGGAAGUGCAAAGUAACCAAUGUGAGAAAGAGGAUGAUGAAGUUAUGUUGCUUGGCGAUGACAUUGGUGAGAGCACGGAGGGGAGUAAAGCUGUGGAACAAGGGGUCCAAUUACAGAAGAGGAAGAGGAUCAUUCAUAUUUGGAAGAUCAUUGAACCUAGUGAAUUGGUUCAAAAAAAUCUGCCAGAGACAACCCGACUUCUGAUGUUAGACCCAAUGAAGGAGAUUCCGCAUGAUGAUAUGGUGAAAUUGCUGAAACUUUGUUGGGAAUGGCGCCAUAACCCAAAUUUGGUGAUGCAAUUUGGCAAUGUGGAAGCUGAGAUUGAAGUCUUCGCUUCCCUAGUCAAAGCUGACGGUUGGCUGAAAGGAGAUCACAUUGAUUUGGGGUUGUAUCUCAUCCGGAAGCGACAACAAGAGUUGGAGGAAGUAGAAAUAUCGGACUGGACAACGACCGAUGUAUUUUUUAUGAAUCAUAUCCAUACUUGCUUUGCGGAUAAUAAAAGAAGAAAAGAGCAGGUUGGGUGGAAAAUUAGAAACAGUUUACUGAACGUUGUAAAUGGCAAGGUUCCGACGUGUGGGAUGGAUUGGCAGAACGCGUAUAAGGUGUAUGCGCCUUGUAUGUUGACGAAGUACAAGCAUUGGGUGGUUGUAAUGAUUGAUCUGGUUAACUGUGAAAUCAAAGUGUACAAUUCAAUAGUUUCACGUAUUCCAGAUGAGAUCUUAAAGGAAGAACUCGCCCCGCUUUCAAUUACGAUUCCAAAUCUUCUCAACACCAUCGACUUUUAUGAAGAAGGUGUUUACGCAAACGAUUGCAGCCAAAAUUGGUGGUGUCCGUGGCCAAUAGAACGUGUGGAUGUUCCUCAACAGUCUAAUCAAGGCGAUUGUGGCAUGUUUGUGUUGAAGUACAUUAAGCUAUUGAGCGCUGAGAUUCCAUUAGCUACUUGCACCUCGCAGAACAUGCCUUUUUUUUCGGUUGAAGUUGGCUGCAGAGAUAUUACGGGGAGAUGCUUACAUGGCAUGAUAUUGGUUGAACUUGGUUUAGGUACCCGAUGA